AUGGAAAACAGACUCAUGCAUGCUGUUCAAUACAAUGUCUAUGGUGGAGGACCCAAUUUAUUGCAGCAUGUUGGAGUUCCCAUACCCAUUCCUCGUAAAGAUGAGGUUUUGAUAAAAUUGGAAGCAGCUAGUAUAAAUCCAAUUGAUUGGCAAAUACAGAAAGGCAUUCUGUGGUCAAUUGUUCCUACCAAAUUUCCAUAUAUACCAUGUAUGGAUGUAGCAGAAGAAGUCAUGGAGGUUGGUAAAGGUGUUUCAAAGUUCAAAGUUGGUGACAAAGUUUUAGGCUUAAUGAGUCCCUUUAGUGGUGGAGGACUAGCUGAGUUUGCUGUUGUUAAGGAGAGUGUCACUGCCUUAAGACCACCAGAAAUCUCAGCAUCCGAAUUCGCCGGCUUACCUGUUGCAGCCAGUAUAACAGCUCUCCAAGCACUUUCACAAACAAUAGGAAUCAAACUCGACGGAAGCGGUGAACGGAAAAACAUCUUGAUCACUGCUGCAUCAGGUGGUGUAGGCCACUAUGCAGUUCAAUUGGCAAAGUUGGGCAACACUCAUGUGACGGCCACCUGCGGGGCUAGAAACAUCGAAUUCGUCAAAAGCUUAGGAGCUGAUGAGGUGAUUGAUUAUAAAACACCAGAAGGUGCUGCAUUAAAGAGUCCUUCUGGUAAGAAAUAUGAUGCAGUGAUUCAUUGUGCAAAUGAGUUUCCAUGGUCAAUUUUUGAGGCUAAUUUAAGCAUGAACGGUAAGGUGGUAGACAUAAGUCCUACACCUAGUUCAGUGAUGAGUUUUGCUCUUAAGAAACUUACCUUCCCCAAGAAGCAACUUGUGCCAUUGUUUUUACUUCCAAAUGGUAGGGAUCUUCAAUAUCUUGUUGAUUUGGUUAAGCAAGGAAAACUUAGAACAGUUAUUGACUCCAAAUAUCCUAUAAAAAAAGCUGAAGAUGGUUGGGCUAAGAGUAUUGAUGGUCAUGCAACUGGGAAGAUCAUUUUUGAGUUCUGAAUAUGCAGUACGGUGCUCUAUAAUAUAU